GUGGUGUUGCCCCAGGGCUGGAUCAGGACUGCAGGGGGGUAUCCCCAGGGGGCAGCAGAGGGGCAGGAUCCCUGCCCUCGACCUGCUGCUCACGCUCUGGGGGUGCAGCCCAGCACGCAGUUUUCCUGCCAGGGAGCAUGUACUGGUAACAGGAAGCCUCCUCCUGAAGCCUGAACUCUCGGAGCCAUUUUUGGGCUGUGCACACACACACACACACCCUCUUACCUCCAUUCAUUUCCCUCCAUCUCUGCUUCACUUAUCUCUGGGUUGGUCAGUCUCACGGCUGCUCAGAGGCUUUGAUGCCUGUGGAUGUUUAGGGUCUGUUCAGUCUCCUUCCAAUGCAGCUCUGUGACAGUUCUCCCACUGUGUUUGUGCUCAGCCUCCCUCACCCUGAGGUUUUGAUGCAGUGCCUCCGUUUACUCUGAGAUUUCUUGGUUUGCCUCUGAGCUGGAGCUGCUUCUUCCCUUUCUCCAGGGCCCUGUGCUUCGCUGGGGAUGGGAUUGAAUUGUGGGAAUGGUUCUGCACAGGAUUGGUUUUGCAGCAUCUUUCAGAGACCUGAGAUGGUGGAGUUUAAAGCAGUGUCUUGCCUUCCCUAGAGGAGAUAACAUUAAUGGGACAUAGCAGCAACAAACCAAACAGAUGGUUCCUGCUCUUAGCAGUGGUAAUGACUUUGUUGUUACUUGUUUUGAUUCUGUUGCUCUUGUUCAGUUGAGAGAUGCCCUCAAAUUUCUUCUUCAAGCAGGAGCAGCCUGCCCAGCAUCUGUCCCAGGGGAGGAGCAUUACAUGUCUCUAUAUUCUGUUUAAGCACAUAUCAAGCUUCUGACUGCAGAGGCUUCCUUUUACAUUGUGUGCUUUUGUAGUGCCUGUUCCUUUUAGUGUCUGAUACAGAGCAAUACCAACCUUCCUUCCCUCGUGCAUCGUAUUGCUUAUCUUCUAGGUGGAGUGUUUGCUCAACAGUGUGUUGGAUACAGCUGAUCUCAGGCGCUACAGACCCAUUGAGGUCGGCUCUCCGGGGCGUGCAUGACAGAGUGUUGCUUUUCCCAACAAGUGUUUUCGUGGGGGUGGAGAUACCAUGCUGCCUCCUGCAAGGAUGUAGGUCUCAUCACACUGGGGAGGAGAGGCACAGCAUUCACAGGAGGGAUGUGGUUUACCUGAGCCUUGGGAAGGGAGUUAGAGAGAGAUGAGGCACAUGGGACUGUUUGGAUAGCAAAGUACAGGCUGUAUAUUGGGGACCUCUGGCUGAGACCUAGCAAGAAGCUGAGCCUGCUGACUUUUGCAGGGGCUACUUCUGCAUCAGCUCCACCCCUCUGGAGGAGUCCAUCCUGGCAGCAGAGGCAGAGGUAGCCACAGAUCACAAGUUAUCUGCUCAGGGGCAAAGUCUUCUAUCUGAACUUAAGCCCACAUUCAUGGCAGGGUACUCUCUAGAGCUCAGCGUUCUUCCAUUUCAUGGCUCAGACAGCACUGACUGGAAAACGGAGUCAUUGUUCGUUUUGCAACCUGACCAGUUCUUCGUUGCAAAAUGAGACUGUGGGAUUGUUCUCUCUGGCAGAACGUGCUUGGACAUGGUACUGUUUGUGAGUGACAGCUUUAUGGUAAGGACCCUCAAAGCAUUUCUACUUCACAGUCAGUUCAACUGCUUAGCCUGCCAGUCUUUCUCUGAACAUCUCUGUUGCAAGUGAGCACUGCUCAGAGCAGGGGGUGCAGUUUGCAUUGUUCUUUCUGGAAGCUUCAGAAGGGGUUUUGUUUUGUUCUAGAAACUUGUUGAAGUAGCCAGCUUUCCCCAAGUGGAUGAGUGCCUUGUGGCGAUCCAACAUAAAUCUGUUCAGUCGCCUCUGUUAUUUCAAUUGUGCUGCCUGGAUUCACAAUAAAUUUCUCUUUAAACCUUUUAAAGUCUCUUGUGGAAGUGCACUCUGUGGCUGGAGCAUGGCUGGCACAUAGCUCUCGGUGCCACAGCACACAGUGGGGCAGAGCCAGGUGGAACUCUGUCUUGCUGUUUUAAAAUGAGCCUGGGAAGCUGUUCUUUCAGGGUUUCGUGGAUGGAGGCCCCUAUACCCGGGUUGAGAACAUUGCAUGAGGGUACUUGGCUGCCAGCUCCGAGCUUGGGUCAGUGUCUGCACUUCGUCACCUGAUGGGCUCCUGGUGACCUGGGCUGUUCAUGUGCAGGGUUGGGAGAAUGUGAGGAGCCCUGGAGCCAUUGCUUCUCACCCCAGUCAGCAUCAUUUGGCCUUGUACUUAUGCUUUCUGGCCAGGCUGCAGAGCCCCCUCCUGCCUCCAUCCAGGUCAGGGCUGCAGCUGCCCCAGUGCCAGAGGCACUUCUGCGUUUCUUCCCUAAUGAUAGACUGGAUUUCCCAAUGGCUGAAGUGCUUUGUUCUUACUGAAAACUGGAGCAAGCCCGUGGCAUCUGGCUGCAAACCAAGAAACCUGUGCUGCCCUGAAGGUCAGACCUGGGUGAGACUAGUGAAAGAACAAGAAAAGGCUGAGCUGUGAUUGAACCGGGAGAUUUUAGACUGUGUCUGAGGAUGGGUGAGGAAGGCCCUCCCAGUUUGGAGUAUAUCCAGGCCAAGGACUUGUUCCCACCAAAAGAGCUCAUAAAGGAGGAAGAGUCAUUGCAGGUCCCAUUCACUGUGUUGCAGGGUGAGGGAGUGGAAUACCUUGGCCAUGCAAACGACGCAGUGAUCGCCAUCUCCAACUACCGGCUUCAUAUCAAAUUCAAAGAUUCUGUGAUCAAUGUGCCUUUGAGGAUGAUGGAAAGUGUGGAGUGCCGGGAUAUGUUCCAGCUUCACAUUGUCUGCAAGGACUCCAAAGUGAUCAGGUGCCAUUUUUCCACCUUUAAGCAGUGCCAGGAGUGGCUGAAGAGGCUGACUCGAGCCAUCGCCCGCCCUGCUAAGCCUGAGGACCUCUUCGCAUUUGCCUACCAUGCAUGGUGCUUAGGAGUCUGUGUUGAUGAGGAGGAUCAACAUGCACAUCUCUGCCGUCCAGGAGACCAUGUGAAAUACCGGUUUGAGAUGGAGCUGGUGAGGAUGGGCUUUGACUUGCAGAAUGUCUGGCGCGUCUCUGACAUCAACAACAAUUACAAGCUUUGUUCCAGUUAUCCCCAGAAGCUGCUGGUCCCUGUCUGGAUCACUGACAAAGAGCUAGAGAACGUGGCGUCGUUUAGGUCAUGGAAAAGGAUCCCUGUGGUGGUGUACAGACACGUGCGCAAUGGGGCAGUGAUUGCACGUUGCAGCCAGCCUGAAAUCAGCUGGUGGGGCUGGCGAAACGCUGACGAUGAGUACCUUGUGACAUCUAUUGCCAAAGCCUGUGCCUUGAACCCUGGAGUGAAGCUGUCCGGUGGUGUGCUGCACGCCGGGAGCAGUGACGGCAGCGAGGCCUGCGAUGCCGACUUUGACUCGUCCCUGACUGCGUGUUCAGGUGUGGAGAAUGCUGGAACUCCUCAGAAGCUGCUGAUUCUUGAUGCCAGGUCCUACACUGCAGCUGUGGCCAACAGAGCGAAGGGAGGCGGCUGCGAAUGUGAAGAGUAUUACCCAAACUGUGAAGUCGUGUUCAUGGGCAUGGCCAACAUCCACUCCAUCCGGAACAGCUUCCAGUAUCUGCGUGCUGUCUGCAGCCAGGUGCCAGACCCCAGCAACUGGCUUUCAGCCCUGGAGAGUACCAAGUGGCUGCAGCACCUUUCUGUCAUGCUGAAAGCAGCAGUGCUAGUCUCCAGUGCGGUUGACAGAGAAGGGCGUCCAGUGCUGGUUCAUUGCUCCGAUGGCUGGGACAGGACUCCACAGAUUGUAGCACUGGCCAAGAUUCUUCUGGACCCUUACUACAGGACCAUGGAGGGCUUCCAGGUACUUGUUGAAUCAGAUUGGCUGGAUUUUGGUCACAAGUUUGGUGAUCGCUGUGGUCACCAGGAGAAGGUGGAAGAUCAGAAUGAGCAGUGCCCAGUUUUUCUCCAGUGGCUGGAUGCUGUUCAUCAGCUUCUGAAGCAAUUUCCUUGCCUCUUUGAAUUCAAUGAAGCUUUCUUGGUGAAACUGGUGCAGCACACGUAUUCCUGCCUCUAUGGGACCUUCCUUGGGAACAGUCCCUGCGAGCGAGAGAUGCACAACAUCUACAAGCGUACCUGCUCUGUCUGGUCCCUCCUGCGAGCUGGCAAUAAGAACUUCCACAAUCUUCUCUACAUGCCAGGAUCUGAGCAGGUGCUGCACCCAGUGUGCCAUGUGCGAGCACUGCACGUUUGGACAGCAGUGUAUCUCCCAACUUCCUCGCCGCAUCCUCUGGGACAGGAUGAUAUGGACAUUUAUCCACCCCCUGGAUCUCAGAGCCAGGAGUUCAAUGGCAGAUGUUUGGACAGAUUACCAAAGACAAGAUCUAUGGACGACCUGCUCUCAGCCUGUGACUCCAGCAGCCCGCUGACCCGCACGUCUAGUGAUCCCAACCUGAAUAACCACUGUCAGGAAGUCCGGGUGGGCUUGGAAGCCUGGCACAGCACCACUGAGGGAGCUGAGCUGCACUUGGGUGAAGGCAGUGCGGUGGCUGCAGGAGACCCACGGCAGGUGGAGGAGGAAGAGGAAAACACUGCCCUGCAAGUCAGUAGCGCUUGCAGCAAGCAUGCUGAGCACCAAGGACACAGCAAGGAACUGAGCAGCUGGGCUUCAGUGCCAGCAAGCAGUGUCUCUGAGGAGGCUGAAAAGGGAAAUGGAACAUACAUGGAGGAAGUGGACAGCAUGUGUCCAGCUCCAAAUUCUUCUGGACAGGAAGAUACCGACAGGGUUUCCACCAGUUCUGGAAAGCAGUUAGAUUCCUGUUCCCAGGAACUAGAAACCUGUCCCCAGGAACCUUUGAAGGCUGCUGGCAUGGUGUCCAGUGGAGGAGACUGCCCCAAGAGAAAUGCCACAUGCCAAGACGUUCCCAGCCAGGCGUCCCUGGCAACAAACACCCCUUUCCGGGACAUCCCAGGCCCUGCCCUGACCAUCCCCUGCCUGGAUGAAGACAAUAGCAAAAGUGAUGCUGGAAUUAGCAUGCCCUGUGAGGAGCCAGCCCGGCUGGGGAGAGUCCCUCUGGAGCAGUGGCGCAAGCCCAUCUCCCAGAGCCAAAGCAGUGAGUUCUCCUUCCUGGGGUCCAACUGGGACAGUUUUCAAGGAAUGGUGACAUCGCUCCCCACUGGCGAGCCUGCACCCAAGCACCUCCUCUCCUAUGGCUGCUGUAGCAAGAGGGUGAGCAGCAAAGCUCUGCGGGUACCAAGCUUGUGCCUCAACAGCCAGUGGUCUGCCAGAGAAGGUGCAAAGUCCUCAGCCUGCCCUGGCCACAGCAUGCAUUGUGCGGGCUCUGCAGGGAAGCCCAGCCGUUCAUGGCUACCCUGCCACCUGAAACAAGUGUCUGGUCCCAAGCACAUGCCACCAAAAUGUCCAUCUCCUGUGCCUCCUCUCUACCUGGACGAUGACGGGCUGCCCUUCCCCACGGAUGUGAUCCAGCACCGGCUGCGGCAGAUCGAGGCCAGCUACAAGCAGGAGGUAGAGCAGCUGCGCAGGCAAGUGCGAGAGCUGCAGCUGCGUCUGGACAUCCGCCACUUCUGCACGCCCCCAGCCGAACCUCCCAUGGACUACGAGGAUGACUUUACAUGUUUGAAGGAAUCGGACAGCAGCGACACUGAGGAUUUCCGUUCUGAUCAUAGUGAGGACUGUUUGUCAGAAGCAAGCUGGGAGCCUGUGGAUAAGAAGGAGACUGAGGUCACGCGGUGGGUUCCAGACCAUAUGGCCUCACACUGUUUUAACUGCGAUUGUGAAUUCUGGCUGGCCAAGCGGAGGCACCACUGCAGGUAAACGUUAUCCCUGUAGUUCCACUGCUCUUCUCAGCCUCUUCCUCACAGACCUCACUGUGCUGGGUUCAGCUCUAACAGUUAUUUUUCUCCUCCCUAGUAGCUGCUGCAGUGCUGUGUUUUUUACUUCAGCCUGAGAACAAUGCUAACUAACACACUGAUGUUUUUAGUUGUUGCUAAAUAAUGCUUACCCCGAUCAACGACUUCUCAGUCUCAUGCUCUGCCAGUGGGGAGUGGCACAGGAAGCCAGGAGGAAGCAGAGACAGGACACCUGACCCAGACUAGCCAAAGGGGUAUUCCAUACAACAGCACAUCAUACCCAGUAUAUGAACAGGGGAGAGAUA